AUGUUGGGAAGUAGGAAAUACCGUCGUUGGUUGAAUAGUCAAUUACUAAUUAACAGAGGGAGAGCAUUUCAGAUUCACCAAUACUGUGAUAAUUAUGAAUUUGAUGAGAUUGAAUCAAUCAUAAUUUCUUCUUCUUUUCGAGAUCCAAACUAUAUGAUCUCUCCGAGUAUCUGGAUAAAACUGAGUUCAGAUAAUGAAUUACAUGAACUUUUCUUAGAUUGCAAGGAAGGAGAUAAAAGAUUAAAAGAGUUAAUUGUGAAUCAAACAGAAAGACUGGAAGUUCCUACUAAAAAUUUUUUUGCAAGUCUAAAAAAAAUAUGUUCUAAUUUGGAUCUUGAUGAAGAAUGUUUCACUAAUCAUGAAAAUUGUGAUGUAAAUAUUAAAGCAGAAAAUUUCAAUAAUAUUAAUUUGAGGAGUUGUAUUACCGGUUAUUUAAGUAAAGUCUUUGGAGAAGUAUUAUCACUUCUUGAUAGAGAUGAUUUAGUCGGAUUUAUAUUUAAUAUUGAGAAUCUGAUGAUUGAAUUAAUUCGGAAUGAUUCACAAAAACAGGAAAAACUUUAUGAAGAAAUUCACAAAUUGGUUUUAGUUUCAGAAAAAGACUGUAAGAUGAUGAGCUUUUAUGAUAUUAAAGAUGAUGAUGUUCAUGGUGGUUUUUCUCCUCUUUCUUCUGAGUUUGAAUCUCACCUGAACUCUUCCCAGAGAUCCAGCUUACUAAUUAUAAAAGGGUGUAAUAAGCUACUUAGAAAGAUUAUCCAUUGUCUAUGUAAUCAUUACUGUGUAAAUAGCAGAUCAAUCUCAGCACUUCUUAAUGAUAAUUAUAAAGGAAAUAAUGAAAAGAUUAUGAUUUUAUCUCCUCGAAAAUCAUCCAUUACAAUUACUCCUCCCCAGGUAAAAAUAAGCACUUUAUUGAAAAUAAAUCAGCUUUACUCAAAGAGGAAAAUUAUUUCUAUGUCAAAUUGA